AGAAAAUAAAAAGUUUGUUUUUUUCUUUUGGGGUAAAUUUUUUCCAAUACAGAUUUUGACUGCUCUAGUGAUUUGUACCAAAAUAUUGACACGCUUUACGUCUAUUAGGGAGACUUUUUACACUAUGAUUCAUAUGACCUGUAUUUGAACUGGCCACUAACCAGAACUCUACAAGUGACUUCCAAACUUUCGCCCUUCAUUAUUCAAAACUGUAUUUGAAUAAUUCUCUGCCUGCAAUCAGUAUAUUUGAAGCUUACGAAAUCCUCUGUCGUGGAUGAAGCUCACACAUUGGGUAUUUUCGCCUUUCGCAAGCUAGCGAGUUUCGCGGAUCAGAUCUUGAAGCUUCUGCUUAUUGUUCGAUUUCAAGAGUUAUCGCGCAUUCAAAGUGGCGUAAAAGUGAAAAGAUGGGUGAGAGCAGAAGAAUUCAGCUCGGGACGGUUGGAGCUUUGAGCUUGUCGGUGGUUUCGUCUGUAUCCAUUGUGAUAUGCAAUAAAGCGCUCAUGAGCACUUUAGGUUUCAUUUUCGCUACCACUCUUACAAGCUGGCAUUUAUUAGUCACUUUCUGUUCCCUUCAUGUUGCUUUGUUGAUGAAAUUGUUUGAACACAAGCCAUUUGAUCCGCGAACCGUGGUUGGAUUUGGUAUCCUAAAUGGAAUUUCAAUUGGAUUACUAAACCUUAGCCUGGGAUUCAAUUCAGUUGGUUUCUAUCAGAUGACCAAGCUGGCAAUAAUCCCUUGUACGGUGCUACUUGAGACCAUUUUCUUAAGCAAGAAAUUCAGUAAGAAUAUUCAAUUUUCUCUGGUCAUCCUCCUCCUUGGUGUUGGAAUUGCUACUGUUACAGAUCUGCAACUCAAUGUUCUGGGUUCUGUUUUGUCCUUGCUUGCAGUUAUUACAACAUGCGUCGCGCAGAUUAUGACUAAUACAAUCCAGAAGAAAUAUAAAGUUUCUUCAACCCAACUGUUGUAUCAAUCUUGUCCUUAUCAAGCGAUCACCUUAUUCAUUGCUGGUCCGUUUCUGGAUAAGUUUCUGACAAAUCAAAACGUAUUUGCAUUCAGAUACACGCAAGAAGUACUGGCUUUUAUCGUUCUAUCUUGCCUGAUCUCUGUAUCUGUGAAUUUUAGCACGUUUCUUGUAAUUGGAAAGACAUCUCCUGUCACAUACCAGGUUCUUGGGCAUCUAAAAACUUGCCUAGUACUAGCUUUUGGAUAUGUUCUGUUACAUGAUCCAUUUAGCUGGAGAAACAUUAUUGGAAUUUUAGUCGCAAUCCUUGGAAUGGUUUUGUAUUCCUAUUAUUGUACCCGUGAUAGUCAGAAGAAGACUAUUGAAUCCUCAGUGAUUCUUCAGACUAAGGAAGGUGAAUCUGAACCUUUAGUACAAGCAGAAAAUGGUGCGGCAGCAGUAAAUGAUAAUGCUCUUCUAAUGGCUCCUGUACGGAAAUCCGAGCGGUACUCACAUUCCUAAUUGCUUCUUUGUAGUACUUGCCUAGAAUUGUAUUGGAAAAGUACUCUGUCCCAAAAGCUGAGAGAACUGCGAAGCUAAUGAUGGGGUGAAACAAAACUUCUUUCUUCGCUGCACAAGCUAUCAUGUGAGUAACGGGAUGACACCUUUUAUUCCACUCAAAUAUUGCAGCAAAGUAUAUAAAUGUGACAUGCCAAUGGUUUUAUUAUUACAUGCACAUAGCCAAUCAGUGAAAUUUGAAUUCUGAGCUGGAUAGGUUUCCUUUGCGUUUCUGUAUAAUUUUGUAGUUGCUAGUGUGAAACUAACAAUAUAUACGAAAGACAUAUAUAGUUGACAAUUUGUAGACUUUUCUUUUUUUGUUAUUGCCACUUGCAUUCCUUUCAAAUGUUACUGCUAUUUCUGUUAUCUGUGAGUUUGUUUUAUAUGUCUGUGAUUUGGAUAUCCAGGUUUGUUUUGAGUUUGAAAUGGUAUUUCAUUGCAUAUUUUCUUUUCUAUUAGUCACUUUUCCCAUGGUAGGUAGUUGUUACACGGAGUAAGUGGGUAAAUAUCAUAGAUAUUUAUCAUGGUAUUGUGAAACGAGCUUCAGGGUAUGUAGUUAUUGUUCCAAAGUCAUAAGUUCUCAACAUGGGAUAAGGAGGAGGGAUGCAUUAGGUACCAACCUUGUCUCACAAAUGAGCGGAAAAUUAGGGUGGCAGAUAUGUGAAAUGUUGAGAUGUGCGUGCGAGCACACUAUAGUAUUAGAUAUGACUUGUAUUAGAAAGAAAGGAAUAGUGACUAUAGAUUAAUGAGAAAAUGAGAAUGACUUCUAUGAUGAUGGUUUGAACAUGUGCGUAAAAGCCAGUUGAUGCCCAGUAGGAAAAACAGAGACUGGAAGAAGCUAUUAAGAAAUAUAUGAUAUGUUUUAGUUUAAAUGAAGAUUUGUGUUUUGAUGGAGUAUGAUGGCAACUCUUGAUUCAUAUUGCUAGGCCUAGAUAAAGACUUGGGUAGCGUUGUUGUAUCGAGAAAUAAGGGAACUUUCAAUGUCACCCAGAAAACAGAAUCUAUUACAUUCCUGACUCGACAAAAUAGUACUACCAAAAUGUAAAGAUCAAGUGAGCGUAAGACUCUUGUUGGCAAUAAGGUUGUAUUAAUCUGUUAAUGCUUCGGAUACCGAACGGACAUGAAUCAACCUCAAGUUGCCAGCCUUGUAUCUCACAUAUGGUUUGGUCCAAAGGAUGUUUGCUAACUAUCUUGCUUUCUGGUUAAGUUUCGAUAGUAAUCUAUAUGGGUUAGGUAGAUCAAUUUAGGAGACUUGCCUCUGAAUGAUAGUUGCAUCCUUGUGUAUCCUGGGUUAGUCCUUUUGCCCUUGUAGCCUCAUAGGUCCAAUUAGUGCUGAGGAGAACUGAUACCAUCAUGCACAAACAUGAAAUCUGUGCAGCUGCAAGCCCAAUCCAGAGACCAACAAAACCAUAUUCCAUUUUGAAAGCUAGUAAUAUUGCUGUAGGCAAACCUAUAGCAUAAAAUGAUAUGAAAUUGAUGAGAGAGCCAACAGUAGGCCGGGCUGAACCUAUGAGGAUUCCACAGGCUGCUGUUUGAGGGCUAUUCCCCAACUCACAAAACCCUAUUAUGGGAAUUGAAAUUGAUGUCAAUCGAAGAAUUUCAUAGUCCUGGGUAUAUAACUUUCCCCAAGCAUCCCUUAUGAGGAUGGUGAAAGCAAAAGCAGAAAAUCCCCAUAGAAUUGCCACUGUCAAUCCUAUGAUUGCCAAAUCUCGAGCAUAUGCAGGUUGAUUAGCCCCCAAUUCAUGACCAAUCAUUGUUGACAAGCUUGAGCUCAAGGAGGAGGGAAACACAUAAAGUAAGCUAGUAAGCUGUAUCAAGAUUCCCAUUGCAGCCACAUUUGUCUGUGGAUUGCUUAGUAAACCAGACAGUAGUAUCAUAAUCUCAUACCACCACCAUUCCAGGCACACUGAAAGUACACUUGAACCUGCAAGAGACAGCAGCGAACCCCAGCUUUGGGAGCACGUUUUAGUUAGGGCGCCAACCCAUGGUUUGAUUGGUCUUUUUGAUAGAAAAAGAUAUACUGUCAACCCCAGAAAUAUGUUCGCAGAGUGCCAACCUGAUGCAAGGGCAACUCCUCUGACCCCCAAAUUAAAGUAUUUGACAAGUAGGUAGCUGAUUGGAAAAUGAAGUACGGUAGCACAUGUUGCUGAUAUGGUUAGGGGUCUGUUUAUGUUCUGAGUCCUUAAUAAUGUUUUUAAGGGAUGUAGAUGAGCCUGAGCUACCAAGUCUGGAAUGGAGUAAGUGAGAUAGAUCUUAGCCACAAUUGUUAUAUCCUUAUCUUGACCGAAUGAUACAAGUAUCCAGUCCAUGUUCACCCACAAUAGGGAGAUGGGAAGGACCGCAAGCAAUAGAAGAAACAGAGUCCUCCGAAAGGUUUGAGAGAUAAUAUCCCAUUUUUGGGCACCAUAAGCUUGGUAACAUAUUGGCUCCAUUCCAAUAGCCAGUCCUUUGAUGACUGAAUAACCAGUUAUGUUUGCAAAACCAAUUGACAACGCCCCUCCAGCUAAUUCAGCGUCUCCAAGUUGCCCUAAGAAGAUUGUGGAGAUGAUGGACUUCAAAUACAUGAGGAAACUUGCAGUUGCUAUGGGACAUAUUACUUGGUUCAGAGAUGCCAAUUUUUCUGCCAGCUGCAUUACGUGUUUCGAAUUAGACAAAACGGGAUGAUAAAGAAUAGCGGGAAAAACUGUAAAGUUUCCAGGAGAUAGAAUAAAGUUACUUCUUGAUCAAUUAUGUGUAGAUUACCAUGACGUUCUGAAAAUGACUGAUGCAAUAGUGAAUAUCAGGGGGUCCUGCUAAUUGCUUUGUGUGCUUUGAGCUGGGAAUCCAGCAGGCAUGAAUGUAAUGCAAUCAAAUGAAUAAGUAUGGUAUGUCUUGAGAUUAAGCUGUGAAAAUGGAGGUUUUUCGGGUUGUUAAUGCCUUAAUGGGGUUGGGAUCUUGCUUUCGUAGAAGGAAAGACCUUGAAUGAGGAAAUCAGCUAUUUCUUUGGAAAUUUUGUAUGCUAAUGUGAACAUACGGAUAAAUGGACUUUAUAUACAUACUUGAGAAAGAAAUUGUGAUUGUUCAAGUAUCUAGCUUUAACCCAUGUCGUGAUAUCAAGAUAUGGAUGUUUCAUGCCUUUUUCACAUACUAAAAUACUAUAUUUGCGUACCAAAACCGACUCUCAAGUGUUCUUCUGUUGUAUCGUUUUCAAAAGUCAACUUUGCAACCAACGUAUUGGAAUUCGACGGUCUUAAUUUACCUUUCAUUCAAACAUUCACGUUGGGAAUUGGCAAAAAUUGGCCGUUAUGGUCGUCGUGGAUAUUGCAGUCUUGCAGGCUGCAGCCACAAGUCUGGCUUCAACUAAUGGAUUUAUCUGGUCUGGUUCAUGCUAUACUACUGUGGAACGAUUUUUUAAUCGAAAUCUAAUCAUAUUGGCAAAACAGUUUGUUGCUUUUGGCUUUGGGAUUUGCGAUUCAGUGUUUUAGUUUAAUGCUGUCCAUGGAUGACAUUUUGCAUCUGUUGUUACUUGUAAGUCUGAGAUCAAUUACGUCGAGACUUCUCGUGAAAGAAAUGGUAAUCUCACCGCCUUGUUUCUUCUGAGAACAAAAAAAAUACUAAAAACAAAGCUACUUUUUCUCCUAUAACGCUUCCAAGAUCACGUGAACCAACAAAGACAAAAGUCCUAACGGGCGUGAAUGGACUUCCACGAGUGUGCAAAGUGGAAAAGUUUCUUUAGAAUUCACAUCGACUGAUAUUUUGCAUUUUCGUUUUUUAGGUGUUUUAUUGAUUUACUUUUAAUAUGUGAAUUUGAGAGAAAAUCUGUAAAAUGACGUUAUUUGCUUCCGUUGGUCAAGAGUUUAAUAUCUCGAUUUUACACGAAUG